AUGGCUUACACGGUCACCGAUCUAGGUCGUGACAGAUAUGAAAACCUUCGCACUUACCAUGUCUACAUUCACGAAAGCCAAAUCAACUUCGAAGUCACCGUUACCGCCACUGCUUCCGUUGUAACAAACUGGCUCCGUACUAUGCUCGAUCAUCACCUUCAAUACCUCCGCAACUGUAAUCUUGUUGUCGGCCUCGGCGUUCAAUGGACUAACCGCAACCUUGAUCCUCCCGCCGACACGCUACAGUUAUGCAUCGGUGGCAGCUGUCUUAUCUUCCACCUCUCUCGCGCAGAUAUGAUUCCGGUCAGUCUCUGCAAUUUUCUCCGUCAUCCUAAGAACACCUUCGUUGGAUUCUGGAACGCUGCAGAUCGUAGGAAGCUGGAGAGAUUUGAUCAUCGCUUGCAAAUGUGGAAAAAUCCUCAGGAUUUGAGGAAUUACGAGUUCAAUGGUGAAGCUCUUUCACGUUUAUCGAUGGAUGAAAUUGUGAGGAAAUGUCUUGGUUUCAAAGUGGAUCAGAGUAUUGAAGUUGGUAGGAGUAAUUGGAAUCAAGAGAAUCUUUAUGCACAUCAAGUUGCUUAUGCGUCCAUUGAUGCUUAUUUUGCGUUUCUUAUCGGAAUUUGUUUCCAAGCUUGGAGGUACCCUUAA